AAAUUGAAAUUCCAAAACCCGAUGAUAUUCCUGUCAUCCCAUUGGAAAAUGUUCGGAAUCUUGCAACAUCUCCGACUGCUGCUGCGCCUGCACUACGAUGCCCUGGCCGUAGUUUCUGUCAGUUGCAUCUUUCUCGUUGGCCUGUUGGACUAUAGUCACUGGGUGCAUGGUUGCGAUCUGUUCUGCUGGCAGCAACAGCUGGAACGCGUGGACGAUAAGCCAAUGGCAGUUAUGCUGCUUGUUGUCGGCUUCAAAAUGCUGCUCAUUCUGAUCUUGACGCUGUUGAGCUACAGGCGAGCUCGACCGGAGCUGGAGCCCACAAUUGGGCAUGUGAAGCAGCGCUAUCGUCGCUUCAUUGUGAUGCGUCUGUUGGCCGCCCACAAUCAGUUCCUGCACGGCUCUGAGCAGAUCCACCAGAGACAUGCGGAGCUGCUGCAGGCCAUUCAGCUAUUUCGUGUGGAUGCGCGUAAACUCUAUGAGCGCACGUCGGAACAGCUCAGCCAAAGCAUCCAACAGAUGCUGCCCGUGGAAGAGGAGCAGGAGCAGGAGCUGUUGCAGAAGGGCUACGACAAAUACAAGUGCGUCACGCAGCUCCGGGAGGUGGACAUCUACAGGCUCGUAUUGGCCUUGCCAUUGUCAAAACCAUGAACCCAGAGCCAAUAAAGUGCGCUACUCACAGCAC